CAGUCACAAAGGUUCUGUACUCGACACGGUAGAGUAUGUUCUCAUUGUCUCCUUGUUCCGUUUCCUGCUUCUCUGCGCAGCAUUCCCGACCCGCAUGCGGCGAAAUGCGACGGAACAGACAAAGAACCGGAGCUCUCUCAAGCAACAUGGACGGGCUCGACAACAUCGUGUCCACCAUGCCGACCGCAAGGGGUCUUCGUAAACCGAGCCUAAUCUCUGCGCGACACCAUGCACCCGGUCGGCUACACCAGUGCGGACCGCCUCGAGUCGCCACUCAACGAGACCUUCCUACCAUCCAGGGACAGACUUAUUGAUACGGAGACGGACCAAGAUCUACCGCCAAUGCGGGCGCAACGGGAGCUACCACGCAGUAGUCGUGCCGCAGAGAAGGCGCCAACUGAGCCGCCAAUAACCUAUGAUCCUACGCGGCCAAGCAAGUUGGCGGAUCGCAGGCACAGGAGUCCGCUAGCUGUUCGCACCUCCGUGGCGAAGGCGCGAGUAGGCGGCGCCGUUGAAGGCGUGGCAGGGAAGGACGAUGCGGUCGAGGUUGAUGCCGAGGCUGCAGAAGCGCGAACCCCGGAGGAGGAGGAGCCGUCGUCCGGCGACCUGCUGUUGCGUUUGGAGUCUGUAGUGCCGGAAUUGGCGGGCUUGAUGAGGCAGCGCAUUGAGGAGAAGAAUGGAGUCAUUGAGCGAUUGAUUGGCAUGGUUGCUACGGAGCAGAAGAAGGGCGCACGUUCUUCGGCCAUUGGCGAGAAUGAAAGCAUGGUUAGCGAGACGGGCGUACGUGGGCCGCUUACUGCGUGGGCAGCUACGAAUAAUGCGAACAACGGCCAGGCUGCUCUCGAGAAGCUGAAUGACAUGAAUGAGUUGUUCGAACAAGCGCCACUGAAGCUUCAGCCACUCCAAAGCGCCCAACAUGCCCUACCAAAGCAGCCCGGGCAGCGCAGCAAUGUCAGCGAGAGCCUUGAGAUCAAGAUCAAAUUCAAGCUCGCGCCGGCAGUCUAUCUGCUAGCCCAACCGGAUCCCGAUGCCAGAAUGGUGGCCUUAGCUCUCGCCGCCGUACGCUCCGCCUGGUACCUCGCCCGCGAGCAUGCAGAUAAGCCGCUCAUGGGAGUCUGCGCUUACUACUAUGGUGUCUGCAAAGUCGCUCGGUCCUCUCUUGACGGCAAGCCAGACGGGGCAGCGAUAAGAUGGUUUGAGAGUGCCAUCACCGAUGCACAGGGCCAUCGGGAGGCCGAAUGGGCUACCCAAUGGUCCGCGAAGUAUGCAGAGGCGACGAAGAAGGAAGGAAGUGUGAGCAGUGGGAGUACUGGGAGUUGGCUCGCUUUCGCCGCGGGAGGCAAGCGUACGGAGAAUUCGUUCAAUGUUUUCAAGACGGUCGAUUAUGAUGUGAGACCGGGAACGGCGGACAGCAAGGCUAGCGGGGUCAGUCCGUCUGCGAUGCAGCCACCGGACAGUGCUGGCAGCUGGGUGUCGUCGACAUGGAAGGAAGUAAGUCGACUGAUGAAGGGUCGCGACGAUGACAGUCCGGUAUCACAUCCGUCUGCGCUGGAGAAGCCUCUCGCCAUCACGAAGCAGAAGCCAGCUCCUCUAGCUGCGACGGGCAUCCGUCAGCUUACGCAGCUACCUCGUUCACAGGCGCACCUGAAGAAGGCGAGAGGAGGUGAGCGGAUUCCUGACUUUAAGAGCGAGCAUACGGAGUCCGAAGAUUUUGACCACCAUGGCUUGACGUGGUCGAAGAGGCGCCCUUUCGGUAAGGGGGAGGUUCUGCCCGGACAGACGUUUGACCUGGUCGACAGUCCUGUCACCACGAGUGACUUCGACCCGGCAACAGCGAGCUCUGACGACAAGGGCAGAUUCGGCCCACUGCGAAUCAUCAACGGUUCGCCUACAACAUCAUCACUACCCUUCGGACUGCCUCAUCCGCCCAAGACAAGCCCAAAGAAGGCGCCAGAAGCAGGUGCCUUACCCACGUACAACCAGCCACUUUCGUCGCCCCUGAUCUCGCCACGUGGCCACUCGAAGAAGAAGUCCUUGGCCUUCUCCCUGGCCUCGGGCAGCAAAUCGAAAGAAGGAUCACCGCAAGCUUCGCCGAAAGCUACGUCGCCGACGGCUACUGCCAGCGACCUCGCACGUCGGGCUAGUCGUGCGUUUCAUAUGGCGAUAGUAUCGACGGGGAGGGAUGCGCGAGAGGGUCCGCCGGACGAGCAUUUAUUGGCGGAGGAAGGGCAUAGUCCGUACCGGAAGACAUUCGCGAGGGAUGAGGGUGACGAGCAUCUGGCACCUAGGCAGGAGUCGUAUAGUGCUGAAGAGAUGGUGUGAUAAGACGGAAUGAGAUUCGUAGAAAGAGAUUACCUGCCGCGCAAUGCUCGCGUGAGUUAGAACAGUUGUUCGGGUCUUCGUUGGGAGAAUUGGUGAUGCUAUAUGUUUUAUGUUUGGAAAGUUUCACGUGAUACGUUAUGGGCAAGGUUGGUCGAACUUUCGUGCUCCCGAUUGUUCAAUCAAUUCUAAUCAUCAUCAGGUGUCCGAGUGGUUAUGGAGCUGCGUUUAGGCCUACCUAAGCAGAAUCCGCAGUGGCUUUGCCUCGUGGGUUCAAAGUACGUUGCUUCACCAAAAAUGUAUAUACUGUGCCUUUGCUAAUUGUGUGAAGUCCCACCCUUGUCAAGAUCAACCGCUUCUUUUUGCCAUUAUACCGUACUCGUCAAUCAGAUCAAAUUCUGAAUGCAUGUACUCUUGGUGAUUGGUGCCGCUUCUCACUUG